AUGAACAGGCACUGCUGGGGGCCCUGUGUUUCGCGAGUCGAGUUCAAGUUGGACGAGAUGAACAUAUCCAACUACGAUCCGACGCCAUCUCCGACCUCGUACCCGACACCCGACCCGACUGCCUAUCCGACUGCCUACCCGACUGCCUACCCGAUGCCGUACCCGACGCCUUAUCCGACGCCGUUCCCGACUGCCUGCCCGACUGCCUUCCCGACGCCGUACCCGACGCCUUAUCCGACGCCGUUCCCGACGGCCUACCCGAAUGCCUUCCCGACGGCCUUCCCGACGGCCUCCCCGACUGCCUCCCCGACGCCUUGCCCGACGCCUUAUCCGACGGCCUACCCGACGGCCUUCCCGACGGCCUUCCCGACGGCCUACCCGACUGCCUCCCCGACGCCUUGCCGUACCCGACGCCUUAUCCGACGCCCUUCCCGACGGCCUACCCGACGGCCUUCCCGACGGCCUACCCGACGGCGUACCCAGCGGCAUUCCCGACGCCCUUCCCCACAGUUUUCCCGACGCCUUUCCCGACGCCCAGCCCAACCCCCAGCCCGAGUUAUCCUCCAGGUUGGCCAACGCCACAUCCGACAUUUCUUCCUGCAGCUCCCAUGGCAGGCGGAGCUGGCGGAAACGCGGCUGCCACUGGCGACCCCCAUUUUCAAAACGUCCACGGCGAGUGAUUCGAUUUGA